AGGAUUAAGUUCAAGACGACGCUUCAAGAGUUAAAUAUUUCGACUCCUCGUUUCAUUAAGCAUUGAAUCACCGUUCACCGAUCUCAUUCUCUCUCUAGUCUCUAGUCUCUUCUCGGCUUCUCCUAGAAUCCAGAACUCAUUAUAUAAGAUGCAGCCCCACACAAAAAUUAUUCUUCUUCACUUAAGCCCUUCAUUCCUCUUUGAUUCUUGUUCAAUUCAAUAUUCAAACUUCAUCUUAUUUCUGGAAUCAACCCCUCGUUCUACACGACGAGUCGAUGACAUCAAUCCUUCACGCGUCGACGACAUCAAUCCCUCACCUUCGAUUCAACCUACUCUGCACUCAUGGAAUUAAAGGAGAAUAACGUACAAGAAAUUUUGGCUUCAUCAGAAAAUCCUAAGCCCAAUGACAUUCAAGAUCAACAACCCCCACAACCAAGUGUUGAGCCUGUUGGAACAACAGAUGGACAAUUGGCUGGACAACAGAUGGUAAGGGGGCUGGAACAAUAGAUGCAAAGGCUACUGAAAAUACAAAUAGAAGAUUAACUUCUGAAGUUUGAAGACAUUUUAAAAAGCAAAAGAUUGAUGGUGUUGAUAAGGCGAUAUGAAACUACUGAAAAUACAAAUAGAAGAUUAACUUCUGAAGUUUGAAGACAUUUUAAAAAGCAAAAGAUUGAUGGUGUUGAUAAGGCGAUAUGAAACUACUGUAAGAAAAAAUUGAGUGGGAUAAGCAAGAAUGGGAAUACAUACUUACAUGAGCAUUACAGAAAAUGUUUGUCAAAAAAUAAUAGAGACAUAAGACAAUCGAUCUUGAAUCCACGCCAAGAAAAAAAAGAUGGGCAUGUAUCACUUGGUGCACAUACAUUUGAUCAGAAUGUUUCUCGUGAACAACUAGCAAAGAUGAUCAUUCUUCAUGAGUAUCCACUGAACCUGGUGCAACAUGUUGGAUUUAGAAAUUUUGCUAACUUAAUUAACCCGUUAUUUAAACAUGUGUCACGAACUACCAUUACCAGUGACAUAAAGGACAUUUUUUAGAGUGAAAAACUGAAACUAAAAAAGAUGUUGAAUUCUAACCAAGGCAUAAUUGUUGUGACAACUGAUAUAUGGACAACCUCUAACCAAAAAAGAGGUUACAUGGUUGUCAUUGCACAUUAUAUUGAUGAUUCGUGGAACUUGUGCAGUAAAAUUUUAAGGUUUAUGUAUGUUCCAGCGCCUCAUAAUGCUAAAACGCUAACAAAAGCCUUAAUGGAGUGUUUGGUUGCAUGGUCCAUUGAUUGCAAGUUAUCUACCUUGACUUUAGAUAACUGUAGUGUAAAUUUUUGUAUGAUGGAGAAAAUGAAAGAUAAACUAAGACAUGAUAAUCUUCCCUUGAAAGGGGAGUUGCUUCACAUGAAAUGUUGUGCACAUAUAUUGAACUUAAUUGUUCAACAAGGAUUAAGUGCAAUUCAAAGUGGGAUAGAGUCCAUUCGAGAGAGUGUUGUUUUCUGGACUGCAACUCCAAAAAGAGUUGAGAAAUUUGAAGAGAUGAAGGAUGGUGUUUCUCUUUCAAGUAAGAGAAAGUUAGAUUUGGAUUGUAAAACUAGAUGGAAUUCAACUUAUUUGAUGCUUAUGAGUGUGAUUCCAUAUAAAGAAAGCACCUAGUGAUCAUGAUUGGAUUUGAGAAAAAUUGAUGUGUGAAAGACUCAAACUGUUUUAUAGUGUGACUGAGAUGUUUUCUAUGACAACCCGAAACUUUUAUCCUGUACAAUCGAUCUUUAUAUCAAAAUUUUCCCGAUUCCGUUA